AGAGGACAUCGGUGAGGCUUUCAUCCCGCUUUCCUAUUUUGAUCAAGAAGACCCAAAUACGAACGCCACCGAUAUCAGGAAUCUCGACUUUCGGUUCGACGGAGUGCUGACAAUAUGAGCAACUCGGAUAAAGAAAUCUCGGUGCCGAAUCCGGCUGCUGAUGCUGAGAAAUCGGUCGAUGAGGAUGAGGUCGAGCGACAGCUUGAAGCGUUGGAUGUGGUUGCUGAAGCGAAGUUGGUUAGAAAGUUGGAUAUUUAUUUGGUGCCGGUGGUGAUGCUGCUGUACUUGCUGAGUUUUUUGGACCGAGUAAACAUCGGCAAUGCACGACUCUACAAAAUGGAAACCGACCUCAGUAUCAACUCGACCCAAUUCCAAGUCGCCCUCUCCAUUCUCUUUGUCACCUAUAUUCUCUCCGAACUGCCCUCCAACCUGGUCCUUAAGAAACUACGGCCCUCACGCUGGAUCUCCUUCAUUACCGUUGCAUGGGGAAUCAUCGCUACUUUGACAGGGGUUGUACAGAAUUACGCCGGAUUGAUUGUAUGUAGACUCUUCCUCGGUGCAGUUGAAGGAGGUCUUUUCCCAGGCAUGGCGAUCUACCUCACUUUCUUCUACACUAAACGCGAACUUGCUCUUCGAAUCGGGUACUUGUUCGUAUCAGCAGCAUUGGCAGGAGCUUGCGGUGGUCUUCUCGCCUUUGCAGUUGGUCACAUGCAGGGCAUUUCUGGGCAAAGUGGAUGGCGGUGGAUCAUGAUCAUCGAAGGACUUCCCACAUUCGUCCUUGGUAUCGCAACAUGGUGGAUACUCCCAGAUAACCCGCACACCGCGUAUUUCCUCACCGAAAAAGAGAAAGCGCUUGCUACAACUCGACUCACUCGCCAAACCGGGUACACGAAGAGGGCCACAGAGUUCCACUGGAAAGAUGUAAAGGCUGGUUUGAAAGACUGGAAAAUUUGGGCUUUCAGCUUCGCGCAGUUUGGAGCGGAUACGAUGCUCUACGGUUAUUCAACGUUUCUCCCGACAAUCAUCAGGGGUAUCAAUCCUGGGGCAUCCCCAGCACUCGUACAGGUCUUGACGAUUCCUUGUUAUACUCUCGGUGCAAUCACGUAUCUCAUCACGGCACGUGUUUCGGACCACCAGCAAAGGAGAGGAAUGUAUGCUGUGCUACUGGGCCUUGUUAGUAUUGUAGGCUAUGCGAUGCUAAUUAGCGAUUCGAGCUCGGGUGUGCACUACGCGGGCUGCUUUUUGGUGGCUAUGGGUCUCUAUGUCGUAGUAGGUUUGCCGUUGGCAUGGCUUCCGACGAAUUGCCCGCGGUAUGGGAAGAGGACUACGGCAACAGGGUUGCAACUCAGCAUCGGAAAUUGUAGUGGCAUCAUGGCGAGCUUCCUCUACCCAGCGAAAGAAGGCCCUCGAUACGUUCGUGGUCAUGCAGUAUCCCUAGCCAUGGUGGCGUGGGCAGUGUCUGUCUACGCAUUUAUGUGGUUUUACUUUGCGGGGGUGAACGCCCAGCGGGGAAAGGGCAACGAAGAUCAUACGGUUCAGGGUAUGACUGAUGAGGAGAUCGCAGAGCUGGGAGAUGAGAGCCCCAGGUUUGUAUAUACCAUUUAA